UCUCCUCAGAUGGGUCCGAUGCCAUCGGGAUCUUUGACCUGCUGGACCAGGAGAACGAGCUGGUGGACCCAGACAUCAUCAACAUCUCGCCCACCACUUCCCCAGUGCACUCCCCCGGCUCUCAUUACCACCACGGAGGUGACGGCAGUAAGGGCCAGAGUACGGACCGCAUGGAGUCUCAUGAAGAGGUUCCUAACCUCCUGCAGCAGCCUCUGGCACUCGGCUACUUUGUCUCCACGGCUAAAGCCGGCCCACUACCUGACUGGUUCUGGUCAGCCUGUCCGCAGGCUCAGAACCAGUGUCCACUCUAUCUCAAGGCCUCUUUGCACCUCCAUGUGUCUUCAGUGCAAUCAGAUGAACUACUGCACAGCAAACACUCCCACCCCCUCGACUCCAAUCAGACCUCAGAUGUACUCAGGUAAACAACACUCCAACACAAAUACUAUCACUACCGUGCUGACUGCGUCUUCAGGGGGAUUUUUGUAUCCCAGAUUUGUUUUUUGGAUGCAAAUGAUGUCGAUGUACCAGAGUUUAACGUAUGUUUGAAAUACUGCAGCUCGUCUUUUAACAGGAACGCACAGGCGACAUCGCUUUUCCUUCAUACUGGCCUCCCUUUACAGAUUGUAGAUUUUAUUGUUUACCUACAAAGCAUUUCAAGGUCAUUGAGGUCCGUGAAACGUUGCUCCUUGUUGUCCCGAGAUCAGGGGAGACCGUGCCUUUUCAUUUGUAGCCCCCAAACUCUGAAACGAGUUGCCUCUACAUGUUAAGCUGCCUUUAUAUAUUAUUUUAUUUUCCUUUUCUUCCUUUAACACCUUUUAACUUAUUUCAAGUGCAUUUGAACCUCCGAAACCUGAGAUAUUGGUUGAAUUUCUCCUAAAAACGGGGGUUUUAAAUAGAAGAACCCAGCACACUGCUCUUGCUCA